CUGAUUAUGGAUUUCAGUUGUACCAUCGACGCGGAAGAGUUCUUCAUAAUCGGUAUCGUUGGUAUCGUCGAAUUUUCCGCGAUUUAAUCAGCAAUCGGUUGGCCGGAAAGGACUGCCCGGAUUUUGGGUGGUGAAGAUUCGUAAUGUGUUUUUGUGUGCUUCGGUUGUGGUUAGCUUUGUUCUCGAUCUAGUUAUCGGAUUUAUCGAUGCAUGGAUCAAUUACCGAUCGGAUCGCCAUGCGAAAUUGUGAAAAAGAAGUAGUGUGGACAAUUGGACCAGGUUCUUUUUUCAAGCACUCAGAAGAACUGGAAAGUGGUUUGCACUCUCUGUCGAUACAGCGCUUAGAUGCUUUACUCUAUACAUCGGAUGGUAUUGGCACCAAAUUUCAUGAGAGUGAAGAAGAGUUUCAUCAAUCACCAAUUCAUCUGUUGACUGUUCCACCGCAUACAUACAGUGACUUUGAAAUGUUUGUACCAGAUCAUAAAAGAGACUUCUACAUUAUUUAUAUCUCAGCUUCCACGCAAAAAUCAGAAAUUUCAAAGGAGGUGAAUUUAGGUUCAUAG